AUCUCUUCCAUUUUCCCUCCAAAAUCCAAAGCUAUACUUCCCCUACUUCUCUCUCUAUUAAUUUCUUCAACCCUACCGAACUCCAUUGGAGAUCAACGCACAAUUAUCGCUUCCUUGGAGAAAAGGGUAAAUUUUUCUGCUUAUAGGUUUUGAAAUUUUCAACUUGGGAUUGUGUUUUGCCGUGUUCAUUUUGAUGGUUUUGGUGUGUGUGUUUUUUUCUUUCUUUUUGCUGCUAUUGCUUGAGAUCUUGUUAAGUUCAUCUGGAACAACAAGUAUUUGACGUUUUAGGAAUUCGGUUCUAUGAGAAAUGAACAAUUAUGACAAGAAUUUAGAUACGAGUUCUUUUUUUAUUAUUGGCCAAUAUUUCGUUGUUUUCCAUAGACAACAAAAGGUUGCAAAUGUCUAUUCAAAGAAUUCAGGCUUUAUUUUGUAGAAACUGCUAGUUAUAUUGCAUUUUGUUCUCCUGUAUUCUCUUUGAAGAGUUGGGUCAUUUUUUGCUUUCUCCCUAUUUGAUUAACUUUUUGCUGAUAUACUGAUGCAACAAAAUCUGAAUAAUCACAAGGUUUUAGGAAGUUAAUUUGACUUAUAUUUUAUUAGUAAGAGCAGAUUUAAUAUUAAAGUUGUUUGUUUUUUGGCUAUAAAGUUGAUAAGUUAUUAGAAUGGAGGAAUCAUCACAUUAUGGGUGAAAAAAAUAUGAAUUUUUGAAAGAAUUCAAAGUACUAUUUGAAAAUCAUAUGAUUCAUUCUGGGAUUUCGGAAGAUAGAAAGUAUCAAGUGACUCGUGUCAGAUUAUAUAAUAUGCUUUUGUAUGAAAUAGAGAACUCCUAGUUGAUUUCUCAUAGAGUCACUCAACUAAUAGAUGUUAUCUCAGAAAGCCACUUCUUUGUUAAAGAAAUUUAGAAUCAAGAAGAAAUGCGACUUCUGAAAUAAUAACUACUAGUUAACCUACUAUUUAAGUAAUCAAAGUUUCAGGAAAACUGUGGUUAGGGAUACGAAGACUACAUUCAUCAACUCAUACUGUUGCGAACUGCUGCUGCAAUUUUACACGUCAAGCUUACGGCUCAUAUCCUUGGAAACUUUACAGGGCAUCUGAAGAAGCCACCAAAUUUUCGGUCAAGUGUAGAUACAUGUUGUGGCAUGACAAUGGAACUGUCAUUUGAGUUCUAUCGUCAUCUGGGUUUUUGAUCCUGAUAACUAUUCUGCACAGGACUGUUUGUGCUCGUAUUUGUUUUUACUAGAGUUUUUCUUUGUAUUGUUGCUCUAGAAAUUUAUCUUAUGAGGACUUUAUAGACAAGGAAAGUUCCCCUCUUUUUUCUUUUUCUUUUUUACUUUUUUUUUGUGGUUGUUGGGGGUAUUGGAAAGGUUUCUCUUGAAGCCUAGGCCUGAAGAUGGAAAUAGAAAAAUCACUACCUUAUGGUGAAGGAGGAGCAGAGGCAAUAUUAAAUGUUCAACCUAAUACUUCAAUCUCUAUUGCUUAUCACCAGCUCUUUGGUCCUCAUGAUGAUUUAAUGCUUCUUGAGCUUGAUGAGAAGCUUUUACCUGAUAUCCUCAAUCAAAGAGUAACAAUAAGAGGGCAGCCAGAUGAGGAUGCAGUUCUUUGUAGUCAGACAAAAACUUAUGCCAUUAAAUUUGUUGGAACUUCUAAUUCUCUAUUCCUUAUACCCCCUUCCAACCUAUCAAUCGCAUUUGGAGCUUCGCCAAACUCAAGUGAAAAGGAUCAUGACAAUGCGGUGGUUGCUUCUGUAAUCAAAGUAGUACCUGGCAGUAUGGAACUUGUCGAGGUUGCUCCUAGAUUGGACAAACUCAAAUUGCUUCUUUCAGAAAACCCUUAUAGUUUUGAUGAAGUGUCACAAAUGAAUACUGAAUUGGCUCACAAAAACAAGGGCUUGUAUUCAUGGAGUGAUCUUGUUGAGAAGGUGCAAGCCAGUGACGAGGAACUGUGCACAGGGUUGCGAGCUCUUGCAGCAGUAGAGACAGAUGGACUUUGGCGAAGUUUAGAUGAGAACUUUGUGGAUGCGUUUCUGAACAUGCUUUUGCAUAAUGCAGUGCUGAAUGACUGGCUUUUAAGUGCUCUAAACGAAGAUGAAGUUUUGCCUGUGCUAGAGGCAGAUGGAUUUCCUCGUGAAAUAGUAAAGCACUGUUUGGGAGUGUAUGGAAGUAAGGUGGAUGAUGAGACUAGAGGAGGCUGCACAUGGAGGUUGGAAGAAAGGCCAGUUUGUGUGCAUUUUGCUAGAGUAAUCCUAAGAGGGAAAAAAAUGAAACUUGAAAGAUUUAUGGAGGAGUGGAGGAAGAAAGUUCCAGAAGGGAUGCAUGCAAGUUUUGAUGUGCUAGAAGGAGAAGUCUUAACCGAAAAGAUCGGGAUAGAGACUCGGAUUUAUGCUUUUAGUGUUUCUUCACUGCCAUCAGUGCCUGCUGAACGGUUUUCCAAACUAUUCCAGGAGAAGCCAAAGUGGGAAUGGAAAGAACUGCAGCCAUUUGUCAGGGAUCUGAAGGUACCAGGACUUUCUUCAGAAGGUUUACUACUCAAGUACACUAGAAGAAGUCAACCAAGUGCAGAUGCUGAACCAAUUUUCAGUGCAAGAUAAUAUUUCUCGUACAUGUUCCACAAUUUUGAUGUCUUACUAGACUUGUAAAGAGGGAAGGAGAUCGUGUAAUGUAAACUUGAUUUUGGAAUCUGUUAACAAGUUCACUGUGUAGUUGCUUUGCCUCUGCAAUCAUUUUGGGGUAAUACUCGUCUUGCUUGUUUUAAUGCAUGUAACAGCUCCUUAGUCUAUUUACCUCAAACACUGGGUAUGUUGUUGUAGUAAGAACAGAAGAAAACUAUUGAGUUGCAUCUUGUGUUUUGGAGCUCGUUUAUUUAUCAGUACUAAUUUGUAUCUUAUGCCAAAGUUGACAUUUAUAUUUAA